UGUGCAAUCUCGGUAACAAACUUGACUACGAAAUUUUAGUCACGACUAACCCCUUUCAAUACUGUGUCAUUGUGAGUACUAUAUAGAGAAAGAAAAUAUUUGUUUCGUGCGGGAGCUGCAUAUUAAAGCAUCGAAUAAGUCCACUCGCGGAAUUCAUACUAACGAGCGCAACCACCUUACCUAUAUGUCCUCUAUAACUCCGUAAGAGAUACGCGUUAGUUAAAAAAAAGGCAUUUGAAAAUUUCUCGAUCAUAUUUCUCAUACCGAUAGAAUCGAAAAGAAAAAAAGCAAAACAAUAUAAUCAAGCUUUAAUCUCGACGCUUGAUCAACAAAUUUUAUUUUCAUGUUAAAAACUUUACUAUUGUGAUAUAUGACAUUUGAAAUAAAAAGUAUUUCCUUUUUCGUUUGAUUGUAAUGUCGUAUAAACUCAGUAAGUUGUAAUAAUUUAUCGCAAUUAAUGUUUUCAAAGGAACAAAUACGAUGUUAUUACGUUUAAGUGUAGUUGAAAUUACGCGCGUUAUGAAUUUGGUUGAUUAGUGGCAGCACCGUCGGUAGCCCCCCGACACUAGCGCCAUCAUAAGAAACGUAACAGCAUUAAAGAAAUCGUUCACUUCCUUUUCGAGCGUCAAGGUGAGAAGUUUUAUCUUUAUUUUUGUUUUAUAUCCUUGAACUGGUAUCAAUGAUUCGUUUCACAUUAAAAAAAGGAUCCAAUAGAGAAUUCAAAGAAUUAUUUAGUAUUUUUUCGUUGCUUUAUAAAUUCCAUCAUUGGUUCGACGAAUUUAGUGAGAAUGACUGAAUCAAAUUCGAAUAUUUUAACGGGCCACGUGGCGAAACGUCUUACACAAGAAGAAAUCGAUAAAAUGAAAGCUCAAAAUUCCCGAAUGGUAUCGGAAUUUCGAGCUAAUCAACUCGAGAGAGAAGCUAAAAAACAUUGGGAUCUUUUUUACAAACGAAAUACAACUAGAUUUUUUAAAGAUCGUCAUUGGACGACGAGAGAAUUCAACGAAUUGUUGGGUUUGGGUUCGAUUGAGAAUGAAAACGUUCUUUUGGAGAUCGGCUGUGGAGUAGGCAAUUUGAUUUAUCCUUUGUUAGAAGAUGGAUUGAAAUUUAAAAAGAUAUUCGCUUGCGAUUUGUCCACGAAUGCGAUAGAAUUAAUGAAGAGUCACUCGUUGUAUGAUUCUGAAAAAAUGAAGGCUUUUCGAACAGAUAUUACAACAGAUAAUUGUUUCUUUGAAGUCGAUCGUCCAGUUAAUGCAGCAACAUUGAUUUUUGUUCUAUCGGCUAUACACCCUCAAAAAUUUAAAAUUGUUGCGCAAAAUAUUUAUAACGUACUCGAUACCGGAGGGAUAUUGCUUUUCCGAGAUUACGGUUUAUACGAUAUGGCUCAAUUGAGAUUCAAACCUGGUCAUAAAAUUGCAGAGAAUUUUUAUAUGCGUCUAGAUGGAACGAGAACAUAUUAUUUUUCGAUAGAAGAAAUAUCUGAGAUUUUUAAAUCUGUCGGUUUUGAAAUUUCAACAUGUGAAUACGUACAAAGAAGGACUGUGAAUUUUAAAGAGAAUAUUGACGUUCCCAGAAUUUUCGUACAAGCAAAAUUGAAGAAAAUUUGAGAGAGAUUGUUAUUAUAAAGGGUCUAUGGAUGAUCGUGGGGAACAAACCUGGCUUUAUUAGAAGUUUAAUUCUAAUAAUUUUUUGUCAUUUGACGGAAGUAUAGUUUAAUAACAUUCCAUGUAUCUUCACAAAUAAUUUUAGUAAUAUUAUGAGGAAUAAUAAUUGAUUUAAUUUUUCAAUCGAUAUUAAACGUAGGAAAGCAAACAUCUAAUAUUUACAAUAUAGAUUUACUCUCGGAAAGAAGAUUAUUUUAUUUCAAGGAUUACAUUUUUAUAAAUAUGCUUUUAUGAUGUAUUAAAUAUGACUAAAACGCAUCGUUUUAGGUCACGAUUUAAAGAAAGAAUAAAACGUUAUAAAAAAUGUUUUUUGAAAAUAUAUAAUAAAUAAAAGUUUCAAAUGUAUUUAAUAGCAGAACUGCAUAUAUAUAUAUAUAUACUCACACAUACAUACAACCUUUUCAUUACUCAAUAUAAUAUACAGUUAAAAGUUUAAAAUUUUUUCAAUAAAGAGGAGUUAAGCUACAGUCAGUAAAAUUUUAUUUUUAAGCAUUUUAUACGUGUUUUUUCGCUCGUUUUAGCGAAUGCGUAAAUAACGCGUUAUUUUUGUGGAAUCCGGGUAUUAAUUUUAUGUGAAACUUUUUCGCUGAAAUAAUAUAAAUAACUAUGUAUAUGUAUAUAUAUAUAUAUAUAUGUAUGAUCUCAUUAAUCUCGAUCUAAAAUGACAAAAGAAUUUAAAUUGGUCUAAAACUAUUUUGUUUAUCGACGAAAUUCGGCGAGAAAUAAAGAAUUCAGAUUUUUACGAUUACAGCGAAGAAAGCAAGAUUGUGUGUGUGUGUGUGUGUGUGUGUGUGUAUAUAUAUAUAUAAAAUAGAUUGAAAAGCAAUUUAUUAAAAUCAUUUCAUUUACAUAUAAGAUCUUGUAACAAGACUGGUCCUACGAUCUUGACAUUAUAACAUUCGAACGAGUUUAAUUUAUUUUAAAAGUUAUUCAAUAAAUAAGAAAAUCCUUUUAAUUUACAUAUUGAACAGGAGAACGAAAAAUAUCGAGUGCAUAAUUUGAAAACAUUCCAGUUAAUUUAUUCGUUGAAUUUAACAAAGUUCUCCAAGAAGAUACAUAUAUAUAUAUACACAAAUUUGGUAAAAGGAUUGAUCUUUCUGGAUCUUUCCA